GGGAGGGGGGGAGUGGCGUUUGGCUCUUUCUUGCAGGAGCCAAAAGUGUCCCUGUUGUGAUCGGAUUGGUGGGUACUGCUACGGCAGCAAGUGAGAGCGGGGACGGGCAAGGGUUGUGUGUGGUCCCAUAACCAUCACCGCGGGAAGACGCCUUAUUCUGUUCAGGGCGACCAUCAGCAUCAGCACCAGCACCGGCAGUGAACAGACGGAAUGAGAGGAAAGGAAAGUUGCGGUAGUAGGCCAACACAACACCCGUAGUAGGGGAAAGGUAGGCAGACACGGAACGAAGCCCAAUUGUCAAAAAAAGAACGAGAAAGAGCAGCAGGAGAGACAGAAGCGAGAGGACGUCCUAGGAGAGUGGGGCGAGGGAGGGAGGGAGAGAGAGAGGGACGGAGAGGCAGGGAGGGUGUGCAGACGAGACGAUAGGAUGAAGCAAAGGCUUCAUCAGCAUCAUCAGCAUCCUCAUCAUCAGGAGCAGCAGCACGAGGUUCCUUGAGUUUCGAGCUUUGUCGAAAGCUUUUGAGCUGGGCGACAGGCGCAAGGGGAGGCGGAUACACAUGUGAGAGGUUUCGAGGAGGCAGGAGGCAGGCGGGAGGAGGAGGAGGAGGAAGAGUAAGCAAACGAGAAAGCCCGCCACCUUCAGACAUGAUGGAUACGCCUGACGGGAGCUAAUCUUGGACCGCCCCAGGUUCCUCCGUGUGAUGGGAGAGAGAGAGAGGGAAACGGCCAGAAAGAGGAGCCUUGUAGCUUUAAAGAUCAGUCAAGUAGGCGCACUGAGGAACGGAUUCUGGACAAGAAAGUCAUAGAAACGGAACCUGGGCUUAAGAACUCCUAAGAAGCCCAUGCAACGAAACAGCGAAGACCAGGGGAGCAGUUGAGCUCUGUGGCGAAGGGAGCAAGGCAGGAGCGAUGAGGAUUUUUGGGAAGGAUGGAGAUGGAUAUGAGCUGACCGUUAGAUUGGAGAAUGCGGGCUCCUUACGAGAAUGGUUGGGUGCUACCUCUUACUCCAAGCUACUUCCGCACCUGACAUCACAGGCAGCAUGGCAUUCCUUUAUGAACUCGACUUCCAGUUCGCUCUUGAAUCUUCAAAUGCGCGUGCGGGCUCUUCUGUUCGACAAGGCGGCUGGUUGUGUUUACGAAGACUUCGGCGAGAAAAUUGCCCCCAGCUCUUUGAACCCUUCUUAUUUGCAGCUGAAUGGAAAUGCAGUGUACUUUCCUCUCGAUCAAGAUGCCGAGGAUUUCAAAAGAUAUCAAGCAAAUGCGACAAGGACACCUACAGGCCCACUUCGACACCAACCUUAUCAGGCUAAGGGUCAAAAUGUGCAGGGUCAACACGCGCACAAUAACUCCAGAAGAAAUCUUGAAGACUGUCACGAUGUCAAAGGAGGAGGUUCUAUUUCACAACAAAGGCAUGCUUCACAAGCUGGUCAUGGCUUUAACAACAUGAUGAAUACGAAACAGGAGAUGUCAAAACCUUCUCUUAACAAGGUGAAGAAGGUGGAAGCAUGGGAUUCUAGCGAUGCUACGAAAAGGCCGAUGGAAAUCAUGGGGACCAUCAACAAGAAGCUACGAUCCCCGAAGAUCUCAAACAAAGCGACUUUUCAAACCGAUGGAACUGGAGUUCCCGUUCGCGAUCAUCAGGAAAAGAUGAGCAGUCACAAGACCGCAGGAAAUCUAGCACGAAAUUCAGAAGAAAACUCCAGAUUUACAUCUUCGACGGCAAGGACUUCAACAACGUCCCAAGGCGUUGCAGCUGAAACUGGUGACGUCGGUCCACUGUGGUAUGACCAGUGCGCGAAAAGUUAUUUGACCGAGAGAAUGCAACGGUUGGCCCAGCGAACUGCUCAGCAGAAGCUUCCCUUCCCGGAACGAGAAGGGUUUUCUCGCACUCCGGAGGGCAUGGUUGCUUAUAUAGAGUUCAAUGCGAAGCGCCAGAAAACAAUGUGUGUGCUCAAACCAGAUGCAGAUAGUCGAGGCGGCUUAUCUCACGGCCAAACAGAGAGGCUGUCUAAUGAGGCUGAAAAAGUCAGGGGAAACCAUAUGUUUGUGCCUGACUUAAAGUUUCUGGCCAAUUGUGUUCCUGAUAAUCCGGUCCCAGCUAAAAGGAGAAGGUUGGAGAAGUGGGAUGAUGAACCAAAGGGUCUACUGGACCGGCUGGACGAACUUCAGUUCCGUUCACCGAACGCUAAACUUGGCGUUGUAAAAGAGGAGACACCACUGACAUCCGAGAGUCGAUCUCUACAAGGGAGGCAAAAUGUCACCGUGAAGAAGGAUACGGGCGUUUCGCCAGGUUCAAGUAAGUCGGAUAGAUUCUCCAAUAAAGUCAGAGAACAUGAAGCCGAGCACAUGUUGCGACAGACGGUAUCCAAACUUGUUGCUGAUGCUGGUUUUGAGGGACUGAAGCAAUCGUCUUUGGACCUUUUUGUGGAUAUCCUGGACAGCCGAUUUAAGAAAUUGAGCACGGGACUGAGAGCUUUGAUUGACAAUUACCGGAGACAGUGUUCACAAGCAGAGUACAUGAAGAUGUUUUUACAAAUAUCCGGUAGUAGUAUGGAGGAUUUGAUGGAGCAAGUGAAGUUGGGAGUUCAAAAGCAGCAGCUGCUUGAACAACAGCGACAAGAGCAGGAGCAACUGCUGCAGAAGCAACACCGAGAGCAGGAAGAACUGCAACGCCAAAAGCAACAGCGUGAGCAGGACGAAUUGCAGAAACAAAAACAGCAGCGAGACGAGGAGCAUCUGACCCAGCAAAAGCUCCAAGAGGAGCAAUCACUGAAGCAACGACAAGUUGAAGACCAGCAAUUACAUCAACAACUGCAGAAUUCUCAGAAGCAGCGACAGGUGGAACAUCAGCACGCAUCUCGACAACCAGAUCAAAACCACCCUCACUCACAGCAACCACAGCAGCAUUUGCAGAAGCUGCGACAACCUGAACAGCAGCCCUCACAACCACCACAAGCACAGCAGCAAGCACAGAAACAGAGACAAGUAGAUCAGCAGCAGACGCAGCAGCAGCAAUUACAAAAACAACGACAAACAGAUCAGCAGCAUUUGCAGCAACAGCAAGCAACGAAGCAACGACAACAAGAUCAGCAUCACUCGCAGCAACAGCAACUCCCACAACCACAUCAACACUCACAAAAGCCACGACCAUCAGAACACCAGUAUGGGCAACAACCGUCACACUUCUCAAAUCAUAAAAGAAGACCGCAGCCAACUCAGUCUCCAUCCCGACAGACCCUAUCUGCUAAACAGGUAGGCAUGCGUCCGCCAUCCGCUCCUGCAGCUAUGGACUCUGCGUUGAAGCAAGCUCGCAAGGCCUGUUCAGACACUAUGGAUCAACAUAAGCAAAAAGCUGACCAGGUGAUGGGUUUGAUAAGGCAACAUCCCCAACAGUCGUCUGUAGACAUGCUGGCGUCUCCAAAGCAGGGUUCUCUAUCAAGCCCGACGAAGGGCCUGUCGAAGAAAUCUCCUGACGGUUACCCAGGAUUGCUGCAUCAAAGGCAGCCAGUUUCGCAGCAAAGUUCGGCGGACAAAGCUCAGAAGCGAAAGCAGCAACAAGUAAACAUGGGACGCCAUUCUCCGAAUAUGGGACGCAAUCCGAAGAAAGUUGAAAAGGAAAGGCCACUCGAUGGAAAAUCCUUGGGAGAAACGCGACCAAUGGUAGGGAAGAAACCUAUGCAGAUGAUGGCGGGUGGAAAUUCAUCAUCGUGGCACUCGCCAAUACCCAGUGUCAAGUCUCAGACUUCACCAAUGUUGCAGCACAUGAAGCAGCAGGCGUCUUCUCUGCAGCAGCAAUGAUUUGCUCCUGGUUGAGCUAAUGGUUGAAUCUCACCUCGGGCAUCAACUUUUGAUAGCUCUACAUGCAGCCGCCAUUAAUUGCAGAUGCCUUAUUGUCAUAUAAUUUCAUUAUGUGCAGAAUAAGCAGGUGGAUAAAUUAUGAUCCUGAUUAGGCUCAUUGCACUCACCACCACACAUUUAUUCUAGAAGCAGUUGUACAUCUCUUAGAGUCUCGGCAACGGUGAAAGGUGCAUGGUGCUUUUACCCUGUAAGAUGACCUUCGUUGACAAGUUGUGAAGCACCAAAAGUGGACGCAAUGACAACCGCAGGUCAGUCAAGUAGUCAAAUAGACAAUUUGUAGUUCAAGCAUGUGAAGGUGCUUUUCAUGUAAAAUAGCAGUUAACACUAUCACUGUACAUAAGCACAGGGCACAAAUGUGAUGCCAGUUACGGUAGUCAAGUCUCACAACUUUCAUCCACAUCUGCAGCAUUGUAAUGGUUUUGAGGUUAAUGCUUCAAAAUCAUGCACUGAUAGCAAACGCUCCUUGCUUAGUUUGACACACAGGAAUAGAUACAAGAUAGGAUAAGCUAGUGAUGUCACUCGAUCAUUAGGGUUAGAUAUUCGAAAAAUCGAGGAAAGGAGAAAUCUUCCGGACGGUACCUGUGUGCUGCCAUCGAUCUCAAGGAUAAUACUUACUACUACACUAGAUAUUCAGCUUCAUUUCACACAUUAUUUUCGUCGCGUUCUGAUUGUCCUGGUGCGUGUAAGUUUUAGUUCGAUACAUGUUUCCAGGGCAGAAUCAGGAGUGACUCAUUUAUUUAAAACUGCAAAUUUUUUUAAGCCGUAGUUGAUAUGUUUGAGAACCA